AUGGUGUCCGCUACCACAGACAAGGCUGAAAGCAUUUACUUGUACAAUCCAAGUCACAUCCUACCCGCGGUCUUUGCUGCAAUUGUCGGUCUAUCAUUAUUAUUUCAUGUUUUUCAGAACUAUUACUACCGAUUUUGGCGUGUCACCUUCUUCCUCUGCUGGGGUGGCCUCCUCUUCACCAUCGGCUGGAUUCUACGAUGCAUCUCAAGCUACCACCCAACAAACGUCGACAUCUAUAUUGCAUCUCAAGUAUUCAUCUAUGUCGGCCCGCCUAUCUAUUCAGCCUCGGCAUACAAUCUUGUCGGACGUCUCAUGAACUACCUACCGAUGCAUGCUGUUCUCAACCCAAACCGUGUACUAAUUUUCUUCAUCUACGUCGGCGCCGCAGUGGAAGCAAUUACAGUAGCUGGUGCAGCCAAGAACGCAUCCGCCGGCUCGGAUCUCGACAAGUACAAGUCCGGUGGGACUCUUGUGGCUAUAGGUCUUAUUCUCCAAGCCGUCGUGGAAUGCGUGGUCGUUGGACUGGUCGCAACGAUUCACAUACGCUGUUCCCGCGCGCGAAUGCUCUCACCGAAUGUGCGCAAAGUAUGUUUCACUCUGUACGGGACCUCGACCUUGGUGUUGCUGCGGUGUAUCUGUCGUGCUGUCGAGUCCUUCGAUAUGUUCAGCAAGCUCGGCUGCCGCGUGGACUGCGGUCCAAUCCUCAGCAAUGAGUGGUACUUAUAUGCCUUUGAGCUGGGUCCUAUGCUUAUAUUUACCUGGUGGAUGAAUUUGAUGCAUCCAGGUCGGUUUUUGCCUCGCCAGAAGCUGCGAUAUCUGUGUCCAGAUGGUCGCACUGAGCGGAUGGGCCCUGGCUGGACUGAUCGACGGUCUCGGUGGGAGACAUUUGCCGAUCCUUUGGAUUUGAAGGGGAUGGUUACGGGUAAGCCUUCUCAUGAAGAGUAUUGGCUGCGAGAGGAUCAAUGGCCUGUUUGUAAAGAGGGCAGUUUUGCUUCUGGGACGGCCACCAACACCAGAUCUACUUCGCAGGCCAAAGAGCUUGCUCCCUUAGAUCAUAAUGUUUGA